UCCUUGUUCCCCACUGGUGGUAGUAGUUCUUAGUUCUCUCACUCAUACAUUACCUUUUUUUUCUUCCCAAUAUUAUAACCUUCCCCGUAAGAACCCGCUAGAAAAAAAGAAAAAGAAAAAUAAAACAAAGCCAACAAAGAGAGGGAAAAAACUGAAAAGCCCAGAGAGAGAGAGAGAGAGAGAGAGAGAGAGAGAGAGAGAGAGAGAUGCGAUUACGGUGGCGGCGGCGGUGGUCAGUGUUGUUGAAUUCCCCAUCAACGGCCAAUGCACCGGCGGGUUACGGUGGUCGCCGUCGUCGUUGAUGGCCCUGCAGAUGACUUGGCAGCCGAGUCUCCUGAGUCAGAAACGCAAAACCGGUGCUCCCUUAGGGCUCCGAAACCUAGGCAACUCGUGCUACCUCAACAGCGUCCUUCAGUGCCUCACCUACACUCCUCCUCUCGCCAAUUUCUGCCUCCGUUUACAACACUCCACUCACUGUGAUUCCUCUACUUCUUCUUGUCCUUUCUGUAUACUGGAGAAGCAGAUUGCGCGUUCUCUUCGCUUGGAUCUCCCUCACGACGCGCCUUCCAAGAUCCAGAGCUGUCUUCGGAUCUUCGCCGAGCAUUUUCGCUGUGGCCGCCAGGAGGACGCGCACGAGUUCCUCCGCUACGUCAUUGAUGCUUGCCACAACACCUGUCUCCGCCUCAAGAAGCUUCGCCGGAGAGGCGGCGAUUGCGGUGGUGGCGGUGAUGGUGGCGGGAGCGUGGUGAAGGAAAUUUUUGGCGGAGCCUUGCAGAGCCAGGUGAAGUGUCUGUGCUGUGGAUAUGAGUCGAAUAAGGUUGAUGAGAUAAUGGAUAUUAGUCUUGAUGUUUUCCAUAGUAACUCGCUUAGAGACUCCAUGCAAAAGUUCUUUCAGCCUGAGGUUUUAGAUGGCAACAAUAAGUACAAGUGUGACAGUUGUAAGAAAUUGGUGGCAGCGAAGAAGCAGAUGUCCAUACUUCAAGCACCUAAUAUUCUUGUGAUACAACUAAAGAGAUUUGAGGGCAUAUUGGGUGGCAAGAUUGACAAGGCUGUUGCAUUUGAAGAGGUUUUGGUGCUUUCUAGCUUCAUGUGCAAAGCAAGUCAGGAUCCACAACCAGAAUAUAAGCUGUUUGGUACAAUUGUGCAUUCAGGCUACUCCCCUGAAUCUGGUCACUAUUAUGCUUAUAUAAAGGAUGCAAUGGGUCGGUGGUAUUGCUGUGAUGAUUCUUGUGUAACAGUUGCAACCUUGCAAGAAGUUUUGUCAGAAAAGGUUUAUAUUCUUUUUUUCUCUCGAACUAACCAAAGGCCAGUGUCAAUUAGUAAUCCUCUUGCUUCAAACGGUGUAAAACCUCAUUGCAAUCAGAGCCAGGCAUCUGAGUGUCCAAAGGUUGAUGUACCAUUGGAAACAGUGCAUCCAAAAUUGAAUUCUGAGCAAUCUCCAUGGAAGGAUAUAUCAAGUGUACCUAAGCCUGCCAAAGGGCCUUCCAGCUCACGAGUGAAGUUUGAUAUUAAUGGAAGUUCUACUUCCAAAAGAAAUCCUUCUCCUGUAAAUGUCAAUGGCAAAGUUGAUGUUUCUAGGAGUCAACCCUUACUAAUAAAUGGACAUGCAAAACACUUGGUUUCUUUGGAGAAUGGUAAGAAAGAUCCUUCAUCAUUACCCACCAGGAAUGGCACUGACAAAAUUAAAGUUGAUGUUGCUGAGAAAUCAAAAAGAAAGGAAUCGAUGCUGACAAAUGGACACACUGAUAAUCAGACAGUUGAUAGCCAUCCUGUAAAGUCAAAUCCCAAAGAAGAUACUGAUAGAAGCAGGGUAAGAGCAGGUAAAGGGCCUGACAAAUUUAAGCAAGAAAGCAAUGGCCUCAACAAUAAACCUGACAUAUUGGGAAAUAAGAGAAAGGUACAGGACGCCCCAUGCAUUUUGCUUGCACAUGAUGGUCAGUCUCAAGCAAGAGUUCAAGAACUGAAGCAAAUUCUUGGGAAAGAGGCAAAAUCAGUUUUGAGGUCAUGUGGCUGGACAGAUAUGGUCUAUGAAUUCAUGCGUUCUAGAAAGAAGUUACGUGCACAAGAAGCUGAAAAUAUAACAAAUGGAGAUGAGAUAAGGAAGUUGCUAAUAGGAGAUGCACAGGGAGCUUUCAUAUCACAGAUUCCCGAGUCAUUGAGAAAGGACCUGAUUGAACGUCUCCGAUCAUUUAGCCAAGAAAAGAUACAAUAUUAAGGACCUUAAUUAGAACAUGCUUGUUGAUCUGUCUUGCUAGUGAGGCGUGGUGUGUAUACUCUGUAUUACUAAUUAUUGUAGUGGUGGUACCCUUACUGGGAUGCUCAGUUUGGGUUUGUUACAUACUGACUAUUUGAGCUAGUGCUGGCGAUAGUAGCAGGAGAAUGUGGAGACUGUUAUCAAUGAAGCCUUUCCCUCAAUGGCUUUGUUAUCCUUCUAGGUGCUCCAUGCAUAUUUGAUCUAGAAGUUCAGAUUUCAUGUCUUGCCAUAAGUUUUCUUUCUCCAUGGAGGCUAUAAGUUCUAUUGAAUCUUGAGGAGAGCAUGUCAGGAAUUCUAUUCAUUCUGUACAAUCUGUUUUAGUCUUGUAUUGGAACAAAAUCUUCCCUUUUCUAUAAAAUUGCUCAACAAAUUUUGCAGCGAAGAUGAGGCUGUGUAUGGCGUGUGGAUAAUUUCUAUCAACAAUGAGACUGUAUACUUUCCGGUACUUAAGAAAGGAAAAUUCAUUCGCUAUAAACAUUUUGCCCCGGAAGUACUAGAUCCCGAAAUUUGAGAGAUUUAUGAUUUAAUUUGAUAUACACACAUCGACACCUAUGUAACAUGGUAUUUGUUAUAGCUUUCGAGAUGGUUAAAAACUCAAAAGAAACUGUAUAUUGUCGUCCGAAGCUAUAUAUUUUGGUAGACAAUGGUGUUUGUUUUGGAAUUCCGAAAAUUAAAAUAUGUCAAAGAUUUCCG